AAAUCGUAGAGUCUAGAGGACAAAAUCAUGAUAAAUCAGUUGCCACAAAAUAUUUUAAUUGAAAUCUUUUCACAUUUAGAUGCGAAUUUCUUAGGGCUAGCAUGUCAAGUUUGCCGGUUGUGGUCAUAUGUCAUCAGAACAACCCCAAAGAUCAUGAAAAGAGCCAAAGUCAAGAUCACAUCAGACCGGACUGAAGAUGACAUUACAAUCUUCGAUCAAGUGCCUUUCGGACUUCACCAAAACAUAGAAGUUGUCGACUAUUGUGGUGACUUUGUGAUCCUCCAGCAGAUCCUUACAAUGCAUAGGAACUACAUCGAGUAUGUCAAAAUUGUUAGACCUGAUGUCUGGUGUGCGAAAAUGUUUACGGAAACUUUCAGCUCAUUGAAAAAUUUGAGUCGAUUGAUAUUGGAUAAUUGCCAAUUAAGAGACAUGAAGGAGAUUAAGGAGAGCGGAGAGAAUUUUGUAAACUUGCGGCAUUUGACGGUUGUGGAUUGUUGUUGUGAGAUUUUUGACAUUUUUAGGGAUUGCAAUCUAGCAUCCCUGACUGUCGAAUAUUCACCAAAUUUCAUCCCUGCCGAGCAAUUCUCAAUGAAAAGUUUAACAAAUUUAUUAAAAUACUCUUCAACAAUCACAAAUUUAACAGUCGUAGGAGUCACUAAGUUCCCAGACAAUUUCUUAACUACAAAGUCAACCUACAAGUUUCAUCUUCAACAGCUGACAAUGGAUGACAUUGAAGGACUUGAGGACUCUUAUCCCGCUCAGUUUCUAGAAUCACAAAGAGGAACGUUGAAGAAAUUGUCAAUUUUGAAGCCUCCUGAAAGUGAAAAAUUACAAAAUUUGAUCAAUGAGAUCAGGUGUUCUAUUGACUGUGAUAAAGCUUUAUGUUAAACUGUGAAUUUAGAGCAGUGCUUCUCAAACUUUGGCCCACGACACAUUAGAGAGCAAUAAAAAUUCCAUGUUAGCUCCGAAAAUUGUGGGAAAAUGUGCCAUAAAUCGCAAAAGUUUGAGAAGCACUGGUCUAAAAUGUUAAUCUUCAUUGUCUUAGGGGCCGUUCACUUAUGACGUCCGAC